AUGAGGAAGGUGUGUUUGGUGGUAAUUGAUGGAUGGGGACAUGAUGAGAAUAAUAUGGAAGGGAAUGCGGUAGAUGGAUCUAAAUGCUAUUGGAUGAGGAGAUUGAGUUUGAUGUAUGAUAGUUUUUUGCUUUAUGCGCAUGGAUGCCAUGUAGGAUUGCCUGAUGGACAGAUGGGAAAUUCAGAAGUUGGGCAUUUGACUAUAGGAAGUGGCAGGGUGAUUGAACAGGACAUAGUGAGGAUAGACAAUGCGAUUAUAAAUGGAGAGAUGCGUAAUGCUAUAAAAGAAGCAAUAGAGGGGACGAUAGGACGGAUACAUGUUGUUGGGAUGGUGAGUCAAGGAGGAGUUCAUUCGCAUGUUCGCCAUCUCAAGGCGAUUCUGAAUGAGUUGAGGGAAAGUGGUAAGGAAGUGUUUGUUCAUUGCAUAAGUGACGGGAGAGAUACGGCACCUCAAGUGUUUCUGGACGACCUGAAUGAUCUUGAAUUAUGGUGUAAAGAAUCAGGGACUGGAAAGAUUGUGUCAGUGGCAGGAAGGUUUUAUGGAAUGGAUAGGGCAGGUAACGAGGAUAGAACAGAUACUAGCUUCAAGAUGAUGACUGAAGGUGAGAAUAUUGGUGAAAGUAUGCAUGAGUAUGUGCAUAGGAUGUAUAAUGAGGGAAUAUAUGAUGAGAUGAUCAAGCCGGCACUAAUUGAUGUAUAUGGAAAAGUGUAUAAAAGAGAUAGUGUGUGUAUGUUUAACUUCCGGGCAGAUAGGAUGCGACAGAUUACUCGAAAGUUUAUUGAGAAUGGAAACAAUGUGAUUACAAUGACGGAAUAUGAUGAAGGAUUCCAAGUAAAGGUUCUUUUCCGUAGGGCUGACGUGAUUAACACAUUAGCUGAAGUGCUGGAUACAAAUGGAAUUGAACAUGUGCAUGUAUCUGAGAAGGAGAAGGAGGCGCAUGUGACUUAUUUUUUGAAUGGAGGUAGGGAACAGCCUUUUGAGAAGCAGAGGACUGUGAUUGUGCCAAGCCCUGAUGUUGAAUCUUUUGAUGUGGUUCCUGAGAUGUCAUCUGCGAAAGUCACUGAGGUGGCAAUUGAUGAAAUAUGUAAAGGAACUCCAUUUGUUGUGCUUAACCUUGCACCACCUGACAUGAUUGGACAUACUGGGAAUCUUGAUGCUGCGAAGGAAGCUGUUGAGGCAGUUGAUGUAUGCAUUGGAAGGCUGUACAAUACAUGUGUUAAGAAUGAGUGUGUCCUUGUGAUUACUGCGGACCAUGGGAAUGCAGAGAAGAUGAAAGAUGAUCGAGGGAUGUGUUGUAAAACACACACCACAAACAAGGUACCAUUAAUUGUGUGUGAUAAGAAGAGAGAAUAUGAAAGCAAGUCAUGGGGAUAUGUGGAUACAGAAUACUCGAUCAGAGAUAUAGCGCCUACUGUUCUGAAUUUAAUGGGAAUUGAGAAGCCUUCAUGCAUGACGGGACAUUCGAUGAUUUAG